CUUAUAUAUUUGAGAUGAUGUCUAGGACAAAAAAAAGUCGGUUCUGGCUUCGCUACUUGCCCUCGCUCUUCCCCUGUCCCUUCGCUCAUUAUAAUAAUAAUCCCCCACAUUCACUGACAUGACUUCUUAAACAAAUUGGGUCUGAAGCUUUGGAGCCCUGGACGAGGGUAGCCGUUAAUGGAGGGAGGGUAUUCGUUUAGGAGCGAAGAGUUUGAGGAAGAAGAUGUCUGGGCCGUUCUCGGAGAUAGAAGAGGUUUCACUAAUUCCAAGGUUGGUUUUUCCGAAUCUUCUUCCACCGGUAGUGCUAUCUCCAGGAAGCUUCCCACCGCCGUCAGGAUGAUCCCAAGGGUCGGCGGCGGGAGCGGGGUCAGCGGAGAGGCCAAAGAGGUUCGGCAAUCGGCGCCGGUGAACGUGCCGGACUGGUCGAAGAUAUACGGGAAGAAGGCGGGGAAAGGGUCGAGCUCCUCCCCCGCACCUCCGCCGUGGCUGGGCGGGGGCGGGGGGGAAGGGAGCUGGGACAGUGAGGAAGACGAAGAUGAGGAUUCGGACGGGAACGUAAUGCCGCCGCAUGAGUGGAUUGCGAGGAAGACGGCGAGGAGCCAGACGACGUCGUUUUCGGUGUGCGAAGGGGCUGGGAGGACUCUCAAAGGGAGGGAUUUGAGCAGGGUCAGGAAUGCCGUGUUAACCAGAACCGGUUUUCUGGAACGAUGACGAUCAAUUAAAAGGGCAUUUGAUUUGAUGUAAAUGAUGAUGAUUGGUGUUGUUGCUAGUUGUUGUUUUAAUAGUUGUUGUACUGGCAGUAGCAGUAGCAGCAGCAGCUGCAUGCAGUAGCAGCAGUAGUGUGUAUAAGAUUGGAUUGGGUUUGGGUGGUGGUGUUAGUUUGUGUGGUGGAAUGGAAUGGAAUGGUAUGGUAUGGUAUGGAAUGGGGGAAUCAAUUGGCUCCACUUGUAAUGUAAAUUGGUAGCCUCAUUGAUGAUUCAUCCAUGGGUUUCCUUUUCUUC